UUGUAUACAAAAGAAAGUGUGAGUAGCCUUCAUUAUUACGACUUUCAAGAUCAGCGUAUCUGGAUCUUCUGAGGAUACUAGUUUGACAGAACAGCAUAGAGACAUCCAAGGUUUAUGGCAUAAUCACAAGACAAUAUAACUCAAGUCUGGAAGUAUCCGAGUCAUUUCAUCUGCAUUAACCACAAAGUGUGCAGUCAGGUCCUGGACCUAGAAACACAGAUCCACCGGAGAUUUAAGUUUCAUUAUGAUGUUCAUGAAAACCCAGAUCACUGCACUAUAAUGCGCAAAUGGAUACUAACUUGGAUCCUGCCAACUUUGCUCUACAUACCAUAUCUAUACAUUAUCUUUUUACUAGGCACGCUCUCACUAGCCUGUAAUGACAUGACUCCAGAGCAAAUGGCUGCAAAUGUGAACUGUUCCAGCCCUGAGCGGCAUACCAGAAGUUAUGAUUAUAUGGAGGGUGGGGAUGUUAGAAUAAGAAAACUUUUUUGUCGAACGCAGUGGUAUCUGUGGAUUGAUAAACGUGGUAAUGUGAAGGGUACACAGGACCCAAACAACAGCUACAGUAUUCUGGAAAUCAGAACAGUAACAGUUGGAAUUGUUGCAAUCAAAGGAGUGCAAAGUGAAUAUUUCCUUGCUAUGAAUAAGUCUGGAAAGCUCUAUGGAAAGAAAUUGUGCAAUGAAGACUGCAACUUUAAGGAGUUGAUCCAAGAGAACAAAUACAACACAUAUGCAUCAGCCCAGUGGACACAUAAUGGAAAAGAGAUGUUUGUUGCAUUGAACAAUAAAGGGUCUCCGAUUAAGGGGAAGAAAUCCAAGAAAGAAAACAAAAGUUCCCAUUUUCUUCCAGUGCACAUGUCCUAAACUUUGUUCACCAGUUCCAGCAGAAUAUAUAUAUAUUUUAUAUUUUAAUAAUAAUAUUAAUAAUAAAAUCUUGCAAAAGGAUACAAGUAUAAAAAAGCUGGAUCUACUACUGAAAAUCCCUACAAGCUGGACUUGCGCAUUUACAUGGACAAAAAAAAAAGACUUCUGCUCAAAAAUAUACAAGGAGAAAAACCGUAAAACAAUUUAGCCAAAGCAAGAUAUACUUUCAAGAUGUAAAAAUUUUGAAGCGUUGUACAAACAUAUGUAGUCAUAAUCCUGGGGUAUUAUUUUUUUUGGUUAAAUUAUCCCAAAAGAAGGAGGAUUGACUUGAUCAUCUGAUGAUCUAUAUUUAAAAUAAAAUCUGCUUGUCAAAUAUGGCUGCUAUAAGAAAAAAUAUUUUUGUGUUUUCUUUUUUUAUUUUAAAAGAGCAGAUAAUAGUGUUAUGUAAAAUAUGUCGGACCGUAUGGCUGCUGGAAUGAUGUCAGAUUUUCAAGUCAAUUCUGCAUGUAGACAUUGAGUGGUACCUAAAUGAUUCUUAAUGAAGAAACUGUAUGCACAAUAUAAUAUAAAGAAAACGUAAUAUUUUACCUUUGUGACUAUGGCAUUCAAAUUAAAAUGUAUUUAUCAAAUGAGGAUAUACAAUUUGUUAUUUACUCCUCACUCUUAAGAAUGCCAGAUGCUGCUCAUAUUUUAACAGUACUACAAAUUCAUUACUCGCUUGUCUAUGUGCAGUUUGGUCUACAUAUGAGAACAUCAACUUCUUGCAAUACUGACUUAAUAAAAGCAUUUCAGUUAUAUGAAAAAUAUCUUGU